CUUACCAUGGCGUCUACACUGCUGCAGCAAGGGACUGUGCUGGCCCAUCAAGAUGGCCAUGUUAUUGUACUAAAAGAACACGAUGUACUCAUUCAGGGAAACAGAAUCACCCAAAUCGGCCAGAAUCUCAGCUGCCCUGGCACUGAGGGAACUGUGAUACCCUGCACAGACAAGAUAAUCUGUCCUGGCUUCAUCGACACUCAUCAUCACUUGUGGCAGACCCAGCUUAAAGGCAGGCUUGGUGACUUGGGCUUUAUGGACUACAUGGUUGCAGGAAAUAUCCAAUCAUUCAACUAUACUCCAGACGAUAUCUUCUGGGGACAGCUCGGGGGCUGCUUGGAGAGUAUCAACAGCGGCGUCACCACCGUCGUUGACCAUGCCCACAUGAGUUACUCUCCCGAACACGUAUCCGAAGGGAUCCGAGCCUCGGCUUCGUCCGGGCUACGUUCAAUAUUCUGCUACACCCCAAUCUGGCGUAUCAAAACAUGGACCUCUACGGUCGACUACGACGAUGAUCUCCUUCCCCAAUGGUGGUAUACCACUCUGGAGACCCUUGCAGGCUCUGCCCCAUUUGGUUCAGGGCGAGUCCAAAUGGGACUGGCUUUUGAUAGCUUCAAGCUGCCAAAGGAAACUAUCAAGAGCCUUUGGGACAAAUGCCGCUCUCUCGGUCUUAAGCUCUUUACGACUCAUUUUGUGGCGAAUUAUAUGACAAACUCGGUAAACCUACUUUCCGAAUACGGCCUUCUAGACAAGGACGUUCUUUUCUCGCAUGUCAACGGAAUCGCGAAACCCGAUGCCCAAACUCUUGUCCAGCACGGAGCGUACUUCUCAACGACCCCCGAGACUGAGCUUCAAAUGGGCCUUGGCGAUAUUGUGGCUUUUCGCCCAGACGUCAAGUCAAAUGCAUCGAUAGGAAUCGACUGCCAUGCAAACAACUCUGGUGACAUCCUGACGCAGCUUCGCCUCAGCAUGCAGCAUGCUCGUGGGGUUGAGAACCGAGAAGCCAUGGAAGCAGGAAAGUACCCGUCUGUGGGAAUAAAACUAGAAGAAGUGUUCAAUCUGGGCACAAUACAGGGCGCCAAAGCCGUCAAUAUGGAAGACCGAAUCGGGAGCAUCGAGGUGGGCAAGCUGGCUGAUCUGGUCAUCUUCGACGCCACCUCUCCUAAUAUGGCCUGUGCUGCCGAAGAGAACCCGGUUGCUGCUGUCUUGCUCCAUGCAAAUGCUGGAGAUAUUGAAACAGUCAUAAUAGAUGGGAUUGUCCGGAAGCAGGACGGUGGCUUGCUAGAUGUACAGGUCCUGGAUAGUCUAAAUGGGCAGAUAACGGAGUCCCUUUCUUGGACUGCGGUAACGAAGAAUCUUCUUACAAGUCGCCAGAAGAUACUAGGGAGAGGAGGGAAGCAAGAUUUCCAAGCGGGGAUGCAGUUCUUGUACAAGACAUUUGGAUAAAAUGGUGGCUCUGGUUAUUCAACAUAUCCAGAUCUGGUUCUAUUCUACGAACUUGUGUUAUUAUACUCUGCAGGGUUGCUUCAUAAUGUGAACUGAUCUUAUAUCGCCCCAGAGAAAGUGGGUAACCGUGUUUAAUCAUCAGCUGAACUUCCGCGGCGUCAAUUUGACCGUGAGAGGCGCCUUGAUCCAGUUGGUGAAGACUCGCAUGUUCUCAUGGUCGUUUCUAGGAUCCCAUUGAGUCCACGUCUCAUCCCCAGUCAUGGCAAUAUCAUUAUGCCACAACAGCUUUGCCGUGAUAAGCCGCUGCUCCAUGUACGACAAG